AUGUGUUUUUACUGGAAGCGCGACGGCGACGACCUUGUCGUGGUCGGCGUGUAUGUCGACGAUCUUCUAGCGACAGGGACGAGCGCGGCGGCGGUCGAGCGGUUCUUUGCAAGCCUCGCGUCGUUGUCGAUCAAGGACCUGGGGCGUGUCAGCAUGUUCCUGGGAAUGCGCGUGACGCACAACGUUUUAGUCGUUGGUCGGCUCUCGCCGCUCUGGGUGGCGCGUUGCACGCGCCCUGACAUCAGUGCGUUUGCGGUGCACAAGGUCACGAGACGAGCCCAUGCGCCUCGACUAGCAGACUGGAAGUUAGCUAAACGCAUCGCGCGAUACCUCAAGGGUACGGUGGCGCUUAAGAUCAUGAUGAUCCCAGAAGACAAUUUAGGUGCGGCGAUGCGACUAGAAGCGUUUAGCGACGCCGACUUUGCCGCCGACAAGACGGACCGGGAAGUCGAUGACGGGCGGCAUCGUGAUGCUGAACGGGAUGGCCGUCAGCUGGGUGAAGUCGCGCGCGAGCUGCUCGGCCUGCGCGAGAUGUUGUGCGAAGUGGGCGUGGAGCCCACGCUUCCGAUGCAGUUGUGGGUGGACAACCAAGCGGCGAUCGCGCAGAUCGCGGGAGAGAGCAUCGUCGCUGAAGGCAAAACAUGUGGAUGUGCGUCUUAA